GUAUGUUUUGGACAGUAGUUUGUUACCUUGGCAUCCUCUUACUUGUACGGGAGUUGUUUAAACCUGUGCCAGCACCAAUCAAUGGAGUUUACAGACAGCCAGGCAGAUGGUAUCAUCUCAAACGAAUCAUUUUCCUGUUCAUGUUCAAACUAAGGCAAUGGAAGAAGAGGAAAGAGAAAACAUUACAGGAAGGGAAUUCUGGGUAUGGGGCCUCUGUCAGUGACCCUGAAAAAAUGGAGGACAAUCCACCAUUAAUGGAUAGUCCUUUUGCAAUUGAUUCAGUUUACUUUGGGGGAUUCAACAAAGAUGGAGUAUAUCUUGCUGCCAGAGUUGCCCGUCGUCACGGUCGACAUUCAGAGGUGUGGUUGUAUCUACGAAUUCCAGGGGUGGGGGACUUCCACCACCCAGUACAUCCUGACACCCUGGUCAGUAAUGUGACCCCAGGGACACUUACAGCUGGGGGACUGAGAAUUGAAAUGCUUGAACCCAUGAUGAAGUGGAAAAUUUCCUUCAAUGGACUGCUCAGAAAAGGUGUAUGUAAAGAAUUAGACAGAGAGGAUGGCACCUUGACGUAUACCAAAUUUUCCUUUAUAUGGAAGGCUAUGACAGAUCCAUUUAAUUUUGACACAAACAUCAGUCCAAGAGCUCUAGCAGAUGCAAUGGCUAGGGAAGAAUGGACAAGAGACUUCUUUAACAGACUUCAGAGGGACCACCAGACUCAUUAUGAGCAGUGGGGGGAGUUGUGCGGGAGGAUACAGGUGGAGGGGAGGGAGGAACAACUCCUCCGUCUUAAGGCUGUCAGGGACCACUCUUAUGGUGUACGUGAUUGGAGAUCCUUUCAUAGAUACGUCAUUCACUUCAUUUUCACACAGGAUGGUACCAUUAUACAAGUAGGGGUGGUCAGCAUGCCAGAAAAUAUGUCACAUUUGAAGGUUGGUUACCUGAUGUUUCCGAGCUCCCAGACGUUCUCUGUGGAGGACACGGACAUUAAACUGUGGGAGGUGGCUCCUGAUGAGGGGCCUCUUAAUGAAUACAGCUUUAAACUGACAGCAGGAGGAAUGACAUUCUGUGUUGAUGUGAAGGGGGAGGUAACUCCAGAAUGGUACCACCACGAGGACAGAGGGAGCAGGAUAUAUGAGAAAUGUUGUCGUUAUGUUGUCAAUGGAAAACCAGCUUAUGGCAUAACAGAGUUUCAAUACAGGAAUAGCAAUGGACCAAGCUACCUUCCUCCUAGUUCUCUCCCUUUGCUGUGUGAACCUCGGGAUUUGGCCUCGGGCUCUGAGAAAGCUCUCACCCUCUGUUUCACUGAGGAGGCGUGUUGCAGUACCCGACUAGUGGGAGGAAAAGGGUCACAACUCGGCUUGUUAUCAUCUGUUCAGGACAAGGAGGAGUUUGCGGUAACUAAGGGGUUUUGUAUCACACUUCAAGCCUUUAGGACACAACUACAGAAAUAUCCGUCCUUUGAUUCUGCCAUCACAAAAAUUGAGGAAUCAUUCAGAAGUGGAAAUAUUCAUGAGAAGCAGUCCAUCUGUUCAGAAGCUGUAGAAGCCAUUGCUGGAGGUUUGGUCAGUGAUGAUGUUAGAUCUGCCAUUUUGUCUGCAAUGAAGGAUGUAUUUGGUGCUAACCAUGAACACUGUUGUGUUGCAGUCAGGUCAUCUGCUUCAGGGGAGGAUGGUAGUGAGGCAUCAGGAGCGGGACAGAUGGAGACAUUUUUAGGAGUUUGUGGAGCUGAGAAGAUACUGAAAGCUGUCAGUAAGUGUUGGGCCUCUGCCUUCACCUAUCAGGCUGUUCAGUAUAGAAGACAGAAUGGUCAGCCUAUCAGAGUGUUGGUGGGUGUGGUUAUCCAGGAGAUGGUGAAAUCUGAGGUAUCGGGUGUGCUCUUCACAAACCACCCUGUAACAGGAAGUUCUGGUCACAUGGUUAUUGAUGCAUCUUAUGGUCUAGGGGAGGCUGUGGUGUCUGGUAAGUCUACACCAGAUUCUAUCACAGUACAGAGGAACUGGAAAGACAACAUCACAAUUCAGAACAAACAGAUUGGGUCCAAAGGUCUACGCAUCACAGUUAAAGAGGAAGGGGGUCUUCAAGAGGAAUCUGUCAGCAAGGGGGAUAUGUGUUGUUUGUCUGAUCUAAAAAUAGAGCAGCUUUGCCAGAUAGGUAUAAAGUUAGAGCACUACUUUGGAUCCCCGAGAGAUAUAGAGUGGGCGUUGUCUGGAGAGAAGUUCUACCUGUUACAGGCUCGACCCAUUACUACAUUAGAUGAAGUCACAGAUGAUGACCUGAUAAAUGAAUUUGAUGACCCACUCAUCACAGAUAAAGAAUGGCUUACAACGGGAAAUAUUGGGGAGAUGAUGCCUGGAGCAGUUACUCCUUUAACCUAUUCAGUGUUUGCUUCUGCAACAGAUCAGGCUUGCCUUAAUGUAAUGGUUUGUCUAUGUGGAAACCCCCGAUACAUAUAUCCCAGGAAAUAUAUAAUCGGCUGUCGUGGUCAUCUCUUCAUAAACCUUAUGCCAAAUGAAAGUGGUGCCUUGAACAAUAUUUUUGGGAAGAAGGAGGAUUUUGAGCUGAACUUGUGUGGUGAGCCUUUGCCUGACCUGUCUGUUGAUUUAGUGAAGGCUUACCAUGGAAAAUUCACAGACCGACUAUCAAUAAUACUCACUACAAUCAAGUAUAUAGCAGUGGUCAGUCGUGAGGCCCAGAAAAAGUGUGAUGAUUGGUUUAAGAGAGCUGACACGUACACGAUAACAGACAAAUCUUCAGACAGUCAGCAAAUGUAUCAGGACAUAAACAAAAGACUGCCAGAUUAUACUGAGAUUUGGAAGGCAGGCGUACUGAAGAGUGCAAAUUCUGGGGCAUGGUCAGCUGCAACUUAUGGGGUUUUGCGCCAAGGAAAACUUGAGAUGACCAGAGAAGUUUGCUCUGAUGUAGCCCAGGUCCUGUCACACUGUGAUAAUGUGUACAGUGCAGAAGUACCAGUAGCCAUUCAGGGACUGGCCAGAGAAAUCGUCAACUCAGGAGUCCAGGACACAUUUAUGGGAGGAACAGACAAGGAAUGUGUUGAUUUGUUGUCAAGUGAUAGCAUUCCAACUGUAAACAGAAAGUACCAGGAUUUUAUGAAACGUCACGGACAUCGCUACAUCCGCGAGGCUGAGCUUAUGGAGAAAUCCUGGGACACCCAUCCAGAGAGACUGGUCCAAGUAUUGAAGAAAAUUAUUACAAUGGGAGCUUAUGAAGAGAGAAAGCAGACCAGUAUACUAAGUGAUAAAGAUAUCAUAGAACAGCUGAAAACUCCUCUGUCUAAUGGUGAAAAGAGGAGUUUGAAGUUCAUUCUCCCCCGGGCCAGGAAAGCUGUAGGAGAGAGGGAGUUUGGGAAAUCAUUAUGUAUAAAGGUGGCAGAUAAGUUUAAACAAGCGUAUUGGAGUCUGGCAGAGAAAAUGGUGGAAGAGGGCAGGUUACCAGACAAAGAGUUGCUCUUCUUCCUGACUCACCGGGAAAUAGGUCAGCUCCUGAAAACCAGGUCACCAAAGCUGAUUACAAAAGCCAACAGAAGAAGAAAACUUUUGCCAAAAUUAAUGAAUCAGACAUUUUCUAGAUAUUCAAUAGGGCUUCCAAAUCCACAAGAGCAGGAAAACUUUGAAGAACAAAGAAAACCACAUUUUGUCUUAUCAGGGAUGCCAAUUUGUAAAGGCAGAGUAAGCGGCAAAGCAAGAGUGGUCAAAACACUCGCAGAAGCUAACAGUAUACAGAAAGACGACAUUCUGAUAGUUUCUUACACUGAUGUGGGGUGGACACCUUACUUCCCCCUGUUGGGGGGUCUGGUGACUGAGAUGGGGGGUCUUGUGUCACAUGGUGCUGUCGUGGCUAGGGAAUUCCAGUUGCCUUGUGUGGUCAAUGUACCAAAUGCCACUCAGUUGUUAAAGUCAGGUGAUGAGGUUGUACUUGAUGGUUUAGCAGGAAAAAUUGAAAAACUUGAAGGAAGUGAGAAAGAUUGAUCAAACAUGCAACAAUAAUACAAAGGAACAAAGCUACAUGUAUAAUGUGGCAGUCUGAAAAGAAAACUCCAACGAAUUGCUCUGCAUACAUAUGCAUGAAAAAUAAUCUAGAGUAAAAUUCUCUCCUCUGGAUGUGGUGAACAUUCAACAAAAUAAAUCUGGCACAAGACGUUACUUUACAUAUAUGUGUAACUGUGAUUUGAAAACAUUUAAAAGAUACAUGUAUAUGAGACUAUUCAGGAAUCCAUCCAUUUAAUUCAACAUUUUAUUUACCUGUUGACUUUAGCUUUGUAGUGAUAAGCUACUACUAUUCAGGGUAUAUCCUUGAAAGUGCAGAGGUGAAAGAAGAACCUCAAAUAAUACCAUGGAAUUGACCUUGACCUUGAGAUUUUUUGAAGGGAGAAUGAGAUGUUUUAGUUAAAAAACUCAAUCCUGCCAUUAGCAUUUCUAACCUAAUAAAGCAGGUUCAACUUGAUAAUUUCAUGUGCAGGUAACAAAGAUGUUAUAUAUUUCUGAACACAGGUACCCCACUGAGUGUUUUAUUUACUUUGAAUGGUGAAAAUAAUUAAAUUACAUGGCAUGCCAUGCUUUUCAUAUGCAAGGUUAAUUACGACAACUAUGAUUUUACUGUCUUUUUUUAAAAAAACUUGAUGAAGAUGGAAUAAGCUAGAAAAUAGCCUUUUAAACUU